UUAGAUGUUGAUAAAGUUGUGAAGUGAAGCGUAACUUGCCUGUGCUAACUCUUUAAUGAAUGGCAUGUGUAACUCUUUCGUUUGAUAGGCCAGCUAAGUGUAUGUGGGAACUACUAUUACCUAGCAUAUUUCCUCAUGGAUGUAUUUUAUCAGAUGUAUUAAAGAGACAAUAUUAUAUUGUAAUGUGAAGUUUCAUGGAAUUAUCUCACUACUACAAAAUGAAGCAGCCAUUAUACUGAGAGCUAUUCUAUCAGGUUGGCCUUUCAAUCAGUGAAGUGCAAGUAAACACGAUUAUGAUCUGACUAGAAAUUAAAAGUAUUGUAACGAGGGGACAAUGAAAGGUAGAAAAUUGUUGAAACGCUCUGUUCUUAAGAUCAGACCCGUUUCCAACAAUCAGAUCAGCUUGCCGAAAUACUGCAACAUCCGAGAUUCUCUGACUCCAAUCAUCUUAAUACUUAAACUUUUCGGGCUCUAUCAUGAGGUCAACGGGUGUGUCUCAAGGACAGUGGAGCCGGCUUCGGGUUCAUCCACAGAAGUUACAGAGGAACCAGGAGAACGUGGUGGAACUCCUGAAGGAGGGCAUGCUGUGGUGGAGACAUUGGGAAAGCUUCAGCAACAUGAGAAGCAACAUGGUCUUUGGGUUUGUCUGCUGACCAAAUGCUGCAGUGUCCUCGUUCUUUUGAUUGUCUUUGCCAACACGGUCAAACAUUUGUGGACUGUUAGUGACAUGAACUCGUCUACCAUUGCAUUUAAAAUCGUUAUGGUCAAUUGGAACACGCAAAACUUUCUCACAACUCUGUGUCUCUUUAUAUCUUGUUGGAAGAGAAAGCACUUUAGAGCUUUCUACAGACAAUGGAUGGAGUUAUUUAGUGAACCAACCACAAGAGAGCUGGGAUUACAACCACCCGAUUGCCGAAUAGCAAUUAGAGUUUUUGUGGUGAUCGGAUCUUCGUAUUUUCUGUUUAAUGUGGCCAGCGUGGGAACUAUUAUCUUCUAUGACAGAAUUUCUAUCCAGGAGUUUUUUCGAAAAAUUCUGAUAGAUCCACUACCAAUUAACACGUUGACUCUGGUGGUUGCGCUGUUUGUACAUGCCAUCAACACAGCGGCCUGGACGUUUCCCACUGUAUUCGUUGUCUGUACCGCACAUCUAUUCACUGCUCAGUUUCAUACAUUCUCAAAGACACUUGAGAGGCAUAUUGAAAACUCUGGUGGUAAUAUCCCAGUGAUGUUCAAACACCUUCGUACUCGUCACAUGAAACUGUGCGAUAUUCUUGGAACUUACAAUCUCUUCUUGAAGUGGUACCUAACGUUCACUUAUAUGGCCACCAUCAUUGGAAGCUGCUUCAUUCUCUACGAUUUGAUCUUCAGGUCACUGGAUCCUCUCAGCUUUGCCCUCUAUGUGUUUUGGUUGGGCACUAACUUGUCCAUCGCUGUUGCCCUCUCGGUCAGCUUGUCACGUGUUCAUGAAUCAGCUCAUGAACCUCUGGAGGUGCUGGUCAAACUAGAAACUGGAAACGCUGACCUGUCGCAAGCUAUACAGGUUCAGCUGUUUCUCGCCAAAUUAACCGGAACUUCUAUCGGUGCUACUGUGAUGGAUUUGUUUGUUGUCACUAAGGAAUCCAUACUGACAAUUGCAGGGGCGUAUAUAACGUAUUUUCUUCUUGUGACACAGUAUGAUUUAUAGACCAUAAGACUAUUCCUAUUACUCUACUCGUUCAACUACUUAUGGACCACUCUUCAAAUUCAGGAGUUACUAAAAGUUAUGGUUUAUUGCUUCCUUUGGAUUGAAUUAUGAGUUUCAAAUAAUAUAUUAAGAAUGCAGCGCUUUUGUAUCUACGGCGUCAAAAGUUUGAUUAGUAAUUUCUUCGUUAUUAAAUAUGUCGCAGGGAAUCAGCAAAUAAUAAACUACUCCCUAGUCCACCCAACUAUUGUAUGCCUGACAUAAGUUUCUAAACUUAACGGCAGUUGGUCGUUGCGCUGGCCCCAUGUCAUCUUGUUAACCAUCGGCUGUAAAAACAGAUGAUCUUUUAAUCAUCUGCCAUAUAGAUUGCAAAAUCUGAAAGGGUUACUUUGAAUUCAAAUUAAUAAAUGAAAGUUUGUAUCUUUCCUUCAUACUAAACAUAUCUUGUGAGUAAGGGAAAUUACUGGUAUUCUGUAAUGAGAAAAUAACAAUUAUAUUGUUAGUGCCCAUGCGGCCCAUUGAUGGCACAUUUGGUGUCAACGGUAAAUAACAGGAACAUUAAUAAAUUCAAGAACUAAUGAAGAGAUUUUUCUAAAAUUGUAAUAAUAUGUGUUACCAUGAAUUAUAAGCUUUUGUGGAAAACUUCAGCUCGAUAGAGUUAAUGAAAUGUUGUCUAAAUCAAUUUUUUUUCACAAUAACUAAAGUGUGAGUUGAUAGUAGUAAUAACAUACAUAUUGAGAGAUGAGUUUGUUAUUAGCAUUAAUCUCAGAAAUUGUGCAGAUCAUUUUGAAGCUACGUCUGCCAUAUAUUAGAUAAAAUAGAUGCGGAUAAGAUGUGUUACUAAGAGUGGGAGAUAACGGAUGUGUGAAUGUAUCAGUUUAAGCCUAAGUAAUACUUAACCAGCUCUUGAAAAGUCCAUUUUCUUUUUAGCGGCCCCCGAAAGGGGAAAAGACGCUAUUAGUUUUGUGUGAAAUGUCUGUCCGUCUGUCCGUCUGUCCGUCCGUCCCGUUUAGAUCUCGUAAACUACAAGAGAUAUUGAAAAUCAGACUUCACAAUAUUUUAGACCAUUCAAAGUUCUGAUGCAACGGCAACUUUUUUUUUUCCUGAAAGCGAAAAUUCUAAUUUUUAAAAUCAAUUAUGCAAGCAGUUUUUUUUAUAAGAAAAAGCUAAUUAGUAUGCAUUAUAUGUCAGGCCAAAUUGAAGACGAAUCUUAUAAACAUCAUUUUCGUGAACAUUUUUCCGAUACAGCGGGAUCAAUCGCUUUUUUUUUGAGGAUUCGAAUAUGAGAUUGAGCCUUUUUAAAACAUUUAACUUAUUUAGUUCGAACCGAGGGUCCCGGGUUCGAAUCCUGGUGAAGACUGGGAUUUUCAACUUCUGAGUCUACCCAGCUCUAAUGGGUACCUGACAUUAGUUGGGGAAAAGCAAAGGCGGUUGGUCGUUGUGCUGGCUACAUGACACCCUCGUUAACCGUAGGCCACAAAAACAGAUGAACUUUACAACAUCUGCCCUGUAGACCACAAACUAGUUAGGCCAGGUUCACAUCUAACUUUACAUUCACUUUCACGUAUCCUUUGAUCUGCGGGACGGUUAGGGCACUACACAAGAUCUGUUAACCUUCUUUCUCCAUUCUUAUCUCUCAUUUGUCUUUGAUAUAAUUUCAUUCGGAUGUUCUUUCUGAAAAUAUUGAAGCCUACCUGGGUGGACGACUGGUCGUGCGGUUUGCGCGCUGGACUGUCGGUUGGAUUUAUCGACGAUCGAAGGUUCAAACCCUGCCUGCUCCCAUCCCCCGUCGUCCUGCGGGAGGUUUGGGCUAGUAAGUAAACUAUCUUCAACUCUGAAGGAUUAUCCGAAUUAUGUAAAACAUUUUACUUCGGGGGCCGAUUUUGAGUUUGUGUUUCCACACAAACUGUCUUUUGUAACCUUGUUAUUUUAUGUGUUUAUUUACAUUUAAAAUUUUUAAAGACAAUAUUUAUCUUCAAAAUUAAAUUUGUGU